GCCACCUCCCUGUGUGGCAUCUGCACAGGCACAAUGGUCAGGUCUCAGCGUGGCCAGACCCAGCCCGCCUCUCGUUUUAUUUCCAACUCCAGCAGGCCUUGAGAAGGCGGUGCUGACCUGACAGCUGGGCUCUAUUAAUAGCUCCAGGAGGCCUAGGGGCUUGGAAACAGGGGGUGGUCCCUGCUGAUCUGAGCCAGCAGGUUGGGUUGUAUAGAUUUACUGUGUAAAAAUGUAACUCGGAGAAGCAACAGACAUGCUUGUCAGUCACAAGAUGUGCGUUUGCAUCUGAGCUGAUCUCUAAGAAAACAAACGUACUAAAACCAGUUCCGCAGUGAGGGGUCUGAUCGCAUUCCGGGUACUGAAGGAUGUCUUUGUCCAAAGAGAUCUCCAGGAUCCUGUUUGGGUGUCUGGAAACAGGGGUCAUUUCAAAAGUAAUUGCAAAGGAACUUGAAGAAUCAGGGGCCGGCUGGCCUCCUGUUAGAAACCCAGCCCAGCGUUUGCUGAGCUUUCGUUUCCAAAGCAGGUCACCCCAUCCACAGAUUCACAAACUCGGUCCAACAGCUUGGAAGGCUUUUAUUUUCAAACAAGUUAUCUUCUGGCUGUUGGGCCACCUAGAAUUGCAGAUUUUCUUUUUCUUUCAUGUGUUUCCAAACACGGGGUGAAUGAAAACAAGAAAAUAAAACAAGACCUUUUCUGAUGAGAUGAGGUCAGACUUUGGCACUUGUGCAGGAAACACAAAGACGUCAUUUGAUGUGGGCAUUGUCAAGUGUCAAGUCCCACUGUACACUGAAUUACUGCUCUCCAGCACAGAAGCGGAAUGGAAGGAUGAGGCUCAGUGUGUUUUCCUUUUAGCCGUUUGGUCAGUGGUGCCACCUCCAGCCCAGAGAUGCUGCCAAGAUGCCCGAGAGUUCCUGGAAGCUGCUCUUUUACAGUUUGUCCUGGUCCUACAGCUCCUACCUGCUCUUCUGCACCCGGUACACAUUCUUCCAGGACCCCCCCUCUGCCUUCUAUGACUGGAAGAGAGGGAUGUCUGUGCCCACUGACAUUGCCGUUGCUUACCUGAUCCAGGGCAGCUUCUACGGGCACUCUAUAUAUGCCACGGUCUACAUGGACACCUGGCGCAAGGACUCGGUGGUCAUGGUGGUCCAUCACCUCAUCACCUUGGCUCUCAUCGCCUUCUCGUACGCUUUCAGGUACCACAACAUUGGGGUGCUGGUUCUUUUCCUGCACGACAUCAAUGACAUCCAGCUGGAGUUCACCAAGGUCAACGUCUAUUUCAAGAACAGGGGAGGGGUCUACCACAUCUUCAACGACAUUGUCUCCACCAUGGGCUGCGUCACGUUCAGCAUCAGCUGGUACUGGUUCCGACUUUACUGGUUUCCCCUUAAAGUGCUCUACGCCACCUGCAUCUCCAGCCUGCACACUGUCCCCAACAUCCCCUUCUACUUCUUCUUCAAUGCCCUGCUGUUGGCGCUGACCCUGAUGAAUAUAUACUGGUUUCUGUACAUCCUGCUGUUCGUGGCGAAGGUGCUGACAGGGCAGAUGACGGAGGUGAACGACGUUCGGGACUACGACGUGGAGGACAGCAAGAAGCCAGCGCUGCUCCAGAGACGGGACAGCCUGCCCUACUGCAACUCCUGGAAACAGAGGAAACACCUGAAGAAUGGGAUUGUAAAGGACAAACACACAUAAUGACGCCCCCUAACUCCACCUUCUGGCAAUUAGCUGUAGCUACAAGGAAAUAGAUUAACUAAUUCACAGCAGUAGCCCGACUUGCUUGCUGGCCUAGAGAAAAGAAAACCCUGUCUAGGCUUUUAUUUUUUUUUAAACAGCACUGUGAAUGUGGUUUUCAAUUACUUUUGUCUUACUGUGAAGUUGUGUGUACAGAAAAGAAGGUGGAUGUAGGUGAUGUGGGUGCCUUGAAUGUUUGCUGUAGUGUCCCGAGCGUAUGUAAAAUGUUGACAUAUUAACAGUGUACAUCGAGAUUGUUUUAACCCUCUCCUGCUAUGAUCCUCAACAAGGUAUACAAAUCUAGAGGUGUAUAUAUAUAUGCUUGGACUUAUUGCAAUAACACAGGCAGGUCAUUCAACCUGGACUGCCGAUUUUUAAACCUUUUUAAAGAAGCCGAGAGUCUGGUCACUCUUUUAAGUGAUUUUAAGAAAACCCAAGUGAAGUAAUGGCUAUUUAAUGGUGUCCACCACAUGUGAACCCCUUCUGGCUUGCCAAAUAGCACCAAGCAGUAUUUGUGUUAUUGUACAUAUGGAGUUUAGUUGCCAUUACAUUAGGGAACUGGCACACCACGAGGUACUGAUACAGUAUUUGCCAUGAUCAAAGGAGGUCUGCUUUUUCUGGGAGAAAGGGACAGUGCUGCUUAGUACAGGUUUAUCAGAAUGUGAAAUUUCCUACUUUUAUUUUGAGGCAGAGUGAACUUUUGUUUGCGUAUUUGUACUACACCCUUUCUUAGCAGAAUGUUAGUUCCUAGACAUGGGAUUCCACUGGCACUGCGUUUUUGCUGUUCAAUUCUGUAUUUUGUAAUGUUGACAUGGUUAGUUGGCUGAAAGCUGAGUAACAACAGCAUACUUCAGAAAAAAGAUUAAAUUCAGAUUUUAGGAAAAAAUCAAUUUGAUUUGAUUCAAGAAAGGUUGAACAACAGACUUUUUCCCAACAUUUUUUCUGCACCAGUUUUUGAGUAUAUUGCAUCCAGUGUCCAGGCUAUGUGGCUGAAAACCUAUUCCUGUGCAACAAAAAGCUUUGUAAUUUCCUCCCUAUCAACACACCUUUUAUAAAGCAUGUUCAGUGUUACCGUUCAAUCACUCACAAUGUGAUCAUUCAAAUAUGACAUGUACUUUGUUUUUGUAAUAAAAAAAAUGACUAUGAGAAACACCUGC